AUGCAGCAAACUCGACAAGUCGUGUACGUUCUACUGUACCUGCAGUUCUUCGUCUGUAAUGUUUUCACACUCGACAUUGGCAUUCUAUCGGAGGAACACACAAGCGGUACAAAUGAUAUCGCAUGGAUCAGUAGCAAGUGGACAUGCAAGUCCGAUAAUGAAUGUACAGCGACGGGGAGUACAUGCAACAAUCAUGAAUGUCAAUGUGCACCUGGAUACAUCUAUAAUUCCGACAUGACAUCCUGCGUCAAAGUUGCCACCGGACUGCAUGAUAAAUGUGUGGACACAGUGCAGUGCUCAGCUUAUCUCCUCAGUGGUGCUAUGUGCGUUGAUAAUGUUUGCGUAUGCGGCCCUGGUUCUUACUAUCUGCAUGGUAGAUGCAACCGAUACGUGGGCUUGGCCGAGAAAUGUGAGCAAAUCAUCGACUGCUACGUGAACGCUGAUUUCGAAGCGAGCACUUGCAACAUGACUGAGAAAAUUUGCGAGUGUAGCCCUGGCUAUUAUCAGCGCGAGUAUCGCACUUGUCGACGGGAGAGAAAAACCGUUGGUGAGGAAUGCAUGAUCGAUUUCGAUUGUACUUUCGAGAAUGCGACCUGUAAGGAUUUCGUCUGCGUCAAAAAGUCCGAAUCCAAGAAAACUAUUCAACUUUCGAUCGAUACCGAUGUCGUAUUGACAGUUGCUGCAAACGAAGACACGGAAAUUCGGGUGGGCAGCGAUUGUACUGGCAAAGAGGACAUCUGCGACAAGCUGGGAAACGCUAUAUGCGAUCUUACCGGGAAAUGUCGUUGUAACCGCGGGCAUUUCGCACCUCACGAGGACGCUAAGUGUAUACCAGAGCUCGGAGAACCCUGUAGCCCCGACGACGUAGGUAGCAUAAAGAAUUCCACCUGCCAAGCAGGUAUAUGGAUUUGCAAAUAUGGCACAGUCGCAUCUCGCGAUAAUCGCGAGUGCCGUAAUGUAACCAUGAAACACGGUGGCAAGUGUUUCCAGGACGAGGAGUGUUACAUCUUUGGUCCGGACGCCGAGUGCAAGGGAAAUAAGUGCGUGUGUAACGCGAAUUCCCACUAUGUGAAGAGCGAGCUUUUUUGCUGGAUAAAUAAAAAGGUUGGCGAAACUUGUAAGCAGAAGCGCGACUGCUACAUCAAAGGUUUUAAGAGCGAGAUCCUGUGCAAGAACGGUGUAUGCAGUUGUCCCGAUGGCACACGCAUAAAUAAUAACGAGACAGCCUGCAUACGCACAGCGGCAGGACUCGGGGAGGCUUGCGAGGUGACCGAGGACUGUAAGUUGAAAAACACAACUUGCAAUAAGGUGUGUGAAUGUAAAGAAAAUCAUUAUUUUUCGCAAGAUGAAGGCCAAUGUAUACCAGGUAUCAACGCUACCUGCGAGAAGAACGAGCAUUGCAGGCCGGAAAACUCCGAGUGCAAUUGGCAAGUAUGUGUUUGUAAAUCAAACUACGUGGCCGCAGCUGUCAACUCGUGUGUGCCAAUAUUGUCAUACGGUGAGUUUUGUUCGCAAGACGUUCAAUGUUCUGCGACAGUACCGGGUGCGAUUUGUUUCGAGCAGGAUGAAAAUAAAAUUUGCGCUUGCGCGAAGGAAGAUCACUACAGAUUCGGGAGAUGUUUUAAGAAGAAACUGCUCAGCGAUACCUGUGCAAACAUCGGCGAGUGUUACUUAAACCACGAUGUGCGGACGGUGAUGUGCAUGAACGGGGAAUGCAGAUGCAAUUGGGGCUACAAAAAAUUGAACAACAGUGCCUGCGUGAAGGAUACGCAAGCGGUGUAUUUGCCGAACGGUAGUGGAUCGAUAAUCGAUAUGAUGUCCACAGGAUUACCUUUAGUCGUACUACUGCUCGCCUCUUGUGACAUUUUCUAA